AUGCCUUACGCCAACCAACCUUCAGUUCAUAUAACAGAUCUUACUGAUGAAAAUGUAAAAUUUCAAAUCGAAGACACAGAAUUAAGUGUGGCUAAUAGUAUGCGGAGAGUAUUUAUUGCUGAAACACCAACAAUGGCUAUUGAUUGGGUGCAGUUGGAGGCAAACUCGACAGUUUUGGCAGAUGAAUUUAUUUCUCACAGAGUUGGUUUAAUUCCAUUAACUUCAGAUGAAGUAGUUGAUAGAAUUCAAUAUACUAGGGAUUGUACUUGUUUAGAUUUUUGUCCAGAGUGCAGUGUAGAAUUUACUCUCGAUGUCAAAUGUACUGAUGAUCACACAAGACAUGUAACUACUGCCGAUUUAAAAUCUAGUGAUCCAAGAGUUUUACCAGUUACAUCUAGACAUAGAGAAGAUGAUACUAGUGAAUAUGGUGAAGCCGAUGAAAUUUUAAUAGUAAAAUUAAGAAAGGGUCAAGAAUUAAAACUUAGAGCUUAUGCAAAAAAAGGAUUUGGUAAAGAGCAUGCAAAGUGGAAUCCUACAGCAGGAGUGUGCUUUGAGUAUGAUCCUGAUAAUUCAAUGAGGCAUACAUUAUAUCCAAAACCAGAUGAAUGGCCUAAAAGUGAAUACACUGAACUUGAUGAUACACAGUGUGAAGCACCUUAUAACUGGGAAGCUAGACCGAAUAAAUUUUAUUUCAAUGUAGAAAGUGUUGGUGCUUUGCGUCCUGAAAAUAUUGUCAUGAUGGGUGUUGCAGUUUUAAAAAAUAAACUUUCAAAUUUACAAACUCAGCUCAGUCAAGAAUUGCAACAUGAUGCUCUAACUAUUCAGUAA